AUGCUGAAGACUGAACUUGAAGAGAAACGACGAAUUUUGAAAGAUAUGGAGGAGGAUUUGUUGAUCAAAGAAAAACUCUUGAGCGAUCUGGAAAGAAGUAACAAAGAACUGAAAAUAAGUAUUGAUAAGUUGCAUUCAACGAACAAAGAAUUUGAAAAACAAGAGCUGAACACACGUCAAGAAAUAAUUUUACUACAACAACGACUCGAAAGUGUGGCGCUACAAAAUGACGUCAUCGUUGAAGAAUUGAAUGAGAAGUUAGCUUCAUACGAGUUAGAGUGCUCGAGAUUGAAGGAAGAAGUGAAGUCAAUCGAGGAUGGAGUGACGGUACGGAUGAAUAAACAGGUGGAGGAAGUAAAUGAACAACUGAAGGAAAAAAUAAAGGUAAUAAAAAAGCAAGAGCAGAAGUUGUUGGAUUUGAAGAAAAUGUUGCAUCGAGAGAUGACAACGAACAACGCAACAACAACGACAACAACGAACAACGCAACAACAUCAGCAGCAACAACAACGACAACAUCAUCCAACAUCAACAACAACAUAUCAACAAAUUUAAACGUUGCGAUUCAUAAAAAUCAUAACAUCUACAGCAACAACUAUGACAACAACAACAGCGUUGAAUAUAGCACUGACAGUGAUUAUGAUCAAAACUAUAGAACUAUCCCAACAGCAGCAGCAACAACCUCAUCAUCAAAGAAGAACAGCAAAAACGUCAAAAAUAACAACAACGACAACAACAGCGCGAACGGAAUUGUACAGGAUGAUUUAAACUUCAAAUAUUUGAAGCACGUUCUGUUGAAGUUUCUACUGAGUAGAGAACAUGAGGCUCUCCAGCUGAUAAAAGUCUUGUCGACCUUACUGAGGUUCGACUGCAAUGAGGAGGAACUGUUGAGGGAGACGUUGAAAUGGAAGACCAGCUGGUUCCGCUCGAGGCCAAACAUUCCUGAAAAAGGCCAAACCGCCAUCGUGUUGCCUGCUUCCACCUAA